AUGGAGUCAGAGGUAUUAUCUGAAGGCCAUCGGCCGGUCAGAAAUAAUGAACUGGAGUGUCCAGUAUGCUCCAAGACUUUUGACAAUCUAGGGCAAUUGAAUCAUCACCUAGAUUUUGACCAUGGAUUUGAUGGCGAUGAAAGUAAGGGCGGUAACGGUACCUCUAGUGGCAAAUUUAUAAGUCAGGGGGAAGAAAGUCUUGAAGCUGAUAACAAAAGGGUACGACAUCAAAACAAACUAAUGAUCAGAAAUCACUGGAAAAAACCAAGCCCAGAGCAUCAGAAUUGUCAUGUGUGUAAAAGACCAUUAAAUCAAAUCAAUGGAUGUAUUAAUUGUAGAAAAUGUGGUGAGCUUUUUUGUAAGAUGGACUGCAGAAAUGUGAUGCGCUUAAACGCAAAUGCGGAAUACGAUCCUCUGAAUGGUAGAUGGGUCAAUUGUUGCUACCAAUGUUUUAUUCGGAGAGAUGGGUAUAAUGAUUAUGGAUCCGUGGUUGAUCUUAUUGAUCAGUUCAAGACACUAAGACACAAGAAAAAUGAAGACAAGAAAUUAAUGCAACUACAACUAGAAAAUAGACUUGUAUUACUUAUUGAUGGUAUCAGCAGGAUACUCAAAAAAAAUGGUAACGGUGUUUUUAUGAGCUACCGUGUUUCCAAGGAAAUAUCGUUGUUAGAAAGAACUGUAACGGCAUGGAAAGAUGACCGAGCUGCAUUGAACUGUCCGAUUUGCUCUCAGUCGUUCGGAUUAACACUUCGAAAACACCACUGCAGAUUAUGCGGCAGUAUUGUUUGUGAUAAUAAGACCACGAACUGCUCGAACCAAGUACCUUUGGCGUAUUUGGCUAAUGCUGCUACUGAUUUGCCUUUUAAAGAGUUUAACCCGCAAACAGUUGACAAAGACUAUUCAAUACGAAUAUGUUCUCAAUGCAUUCACAUUUUGUAUGUUGGCAGAAAAUUCAGAAGAGAUAUAGAACAACCCGCAUCCAUCCUGCUCGCUAGAUGUGAGAGUAUAUAUAAUCUUUCACAAGUCAUAUCCAAUAUUUGGCCUUUACUCAACUCAAGAUUAGAGGAGAUUGAGAACGCUCAGAAACAAAAUGCUUCUCCAAAUCCAGCGCUUAUUGCAGAAGCUACGAAGCUAAGGAAGAAAUUGUUGAGAGCUGUUGAAUCCUAUAAUAUUUUGACCAGACAAAUUUCGUCCAUGUCACCAAGAAAUGCCGCCCAAAAAAAGAUUCAGCAAUCCUUCCAGAUAGCAUCUUCAAUUUUUAUAACCGAGAAGAUAUUGAAACUGAAAUCUAUUCCAAUUAUUAGCCCUCGGGUCAAUGAGAACAGAGGUUCAAAUGAGAGUACUCCCGAAGUCCAAAAACUUUCGGAUAUUGUAUUCAAUGACCUCACAAUAAAAGAAAUAAAAGUUUGUCGUGAAGAGUUAAUGGUGCUUAAGGAACAGAAGUUUCUAGUAGAAUCUAUGAUAGAAAAUGCGAAAAAACAAAGAAAGUUUGAUGAAAUAGCUGUGCUAGAUCGAAACUUAUUGGAAUUAAAAGGUAAAAUCGAAGAAAUUCAAAACAGGCUCGGUGAACAAGGUUUCCAUUGA